AUGACCACCAUAUCCACGAGGUCCCUCACCACCGCACGUGGUUUCCUGCCUUACCUGGUGCUGUUUCUUUCCGUAUCAGCAUGUGCUGCCACCAUGGUCGACAGUCCCGAGAUCGGCAUCCCCUACCUGUACAAGGGUCUCAUCACCUGGGCCUUCUUCUGGGCUUUCCUUGACGCCUUCACCAUCGGGGCCAACGAUAUUGCCAACGCCUUCGCUAACGCUGUUGGAGCCAAGACCAUCUCCUUCAGGACAGCUGUCCUAAUCGCGUGCGUCUGCGAGCUUGUUGGUGUGAUUGCUCUGGGCAGCACUGUGACCGAUGCUGUGCGCAACAAGAUGGUCAAGGUAGACUGGUUCAAGCAUGAUCCUUACAUCCUUUCCCUGGGCAUGAGCUGCGUCAACCUUGGCUCUGGUGGAUGGGUGUUUGUCGCCACCACGCUGUCUAUGCCUGUCUCCACUACUCACUCGGUUGUUGGCGCCAUCCUUGGUAUCGGUGUUGCAAGCUGGGGUGCUUCUGGAGUGAACUGGGGCUAUGACGGAGGGUUUGGUGGAAUUGUUGCAUCCUGGUUCAUCUCACCCGUCCUCUCUGGAGUGUUGUCUGCGAUCUUCUACCUCAGCACCAAGUUCCUCGUGCUCAAGCAUCCCGACGAUGUCGCCGUCAAGCGCGGCAUUGCGCUCCUUCCCGUCUACUUCUUCUUCGCCUUUGGCGUCGUGGCCGGCUUCAUGGUCAUGAAGGGAAUCCCUGCAUUGAAGAAUACACCUUACGAAAUUACUGUGCCCGUCACGUUUGGAAUUGCUAUCUUCUUUGGCAUCGUCGGUUACAUUUUUUGCGUGCCAUGGACUCGUCGUGCUAUUGUGGACAACGAGAACCUGCCAUGGUACACGCUUUUCUACAUCUUCGCUAUUCCAGUUGGCUCCAGAGGUUACAACGAGGAGAAUAACGUGCAAGAUCAGAACAAAGUCGAUCUCGUUGAGACUGGAAACUUUAAUCAGAACAUGCCACAGCCUUCCAUGUACUUCAACCAGGCUCCAAUGAUGCCUGGUCAAGCCCCCAUGAUGGUUCAGGGUUCUUACUUUGGAAAGGAUGAAAUCGAGGACAAGCCACAGAGCGACGGCAUCACCACCACUGUUCUCAAGACUCUCUUCCCUGGAUUCUACAUGGACGUCGGAGGCCUCAAGGAGGAGGAUGCUGCCAUGCACGCCAAGGCCUUCCAGGCUUACUCCAAGACAGAGGAGAUGUUCAAGAUCCUCCAGCUCACCACCUGCUGCUUCUUCUCCAUCGCCCACGGCGCCAACGAUGUGGCCAACGCCAUCGCUCCCUUCGCUACUGUCUGGAUGGUCUACAGCACCGGCACGGUUUCAAGCAAGGCGGAGGUUCCCAUCUGGCUUCUGGUCUACGGAGGUCUCGCGAUCGAUCUCGGUUUGUUGAGCAUGGGCUACUACAUCAUGGACGCUCUUGGCAACCGCCUGACCCUUCAGUCUCCUUCCCGCGGCUUCUGUAUCGAGCUGGGAGCUAUGUUCACUGUGAUGACCUUCUCUCGUCUCGGAGUUCCUGUCUCCACCACUCACUGCAUCUCCGGUGCCACCACUGCUGUCGGACUUUGCAACGGAGACGUCGGAGCUGUCAACUGGAAGCUCAUCGGCAUCAUCUUCGGCGGAUGGAUCCUCACUUGCCCAUGUGCCGGCAUUGUGACUGGUCUGCUCUACUGGGCUGUCGCCGCUGCUCCAUCGCCCGUGGCAGGCAACGGAUUCUUCACUGGUUAUCACGGUUAA